AUGGAAAAACAAAUACCUGAUUCAGUCGAUCUCGACAUAUUGAAGGCGCCAUCUAACCCCGCGGCCAAAGAUGUGGACUUUGGUGAGGUUUUGGAAACCCAUGCAACACCACAGAUGGAAAGAAAGGUUCUUUGGAAACUUGACCUUUUUCUGAUUCCUCUCAUGGGAUUCUGUUACAUGCUGCAAUAUAUGGACAAGUUAGCCCUCAGCCAAGCAACAUUAUUUGGAUUAACAGAAGACCUGCAUCUCAAAGGCACAGAAUAUAAUUGGUCAUCCGCUGUCUUCUACUUCGGAUACCUUGUGUGGAGUUGGCCCAGCUCCUACUUAAUUGUACGACUUCCUCUCGGAAAAUAUCUCAGUCUGGCCGUGUUUAUAUGGGGUGGAGUCCUAAUGUGCCAUGCUGCCUGCACCUCAUGGAGUGGGCUGAUGGCUGCACGAUUCUUCCUAGGAGUUGGCGAAGCAUCUAUCGCCCCUGGCUUUGCCAUGAUCACAGGAAUGUUCUACAAGAGAGAGGAACAGCCUGCUAGACAGGCAGCCUGGUUCCUUGGAAACUGCAUCGCAUCAAUCAUUGGUGGUUUGAUUGCAUAUGGAAUUGGCCUCAUCAAGAACAACACCGUCAAUAGCUGGCAAUUGCUAUUCCUUAUCCUAGGCGCUGUCACUGCCGCCUAUGGAUUUAUUCUUGCGGCCUUCUUGCCGGACUCCCCUGCCAAGGUUGUUUUCUUCAACAAGACCGAGAAGGCCAUUGCCUUGCAGCGAACACUUAGUAAUAAGACUGGUGUCAUGGAUGUGGGCAAGUUCCGAUGGAACCAAGUGUUCAUGGCGAUUAAGGAUCCACAGACCUGGUGUCUUGUGUUGUAUACCCUUUGCGUCAAUUUAUGCAAUGGUGGUAUCACUAGCUUCUCGUCUAUUAUUAUUGCAGGCUUUGGUUUCUCAAACCUCAAGUCUCUUAUUAUGCAGAUGCCUAUGGGUGCUGCACAGAUCGUGUUUCUGCUGCUUACAUCUGGAUUUGCCACCUUUGUGCGCUCUUCCCGAAUUCCCAUGAUGAUACUGAACUGUUCCGUCUCAGUGAUUGGCAUGGCUCUCAUCUGGAAAUUAGAUGAUGACAACCGUACCGGUCGCUUGACUGGACUGUCCCUGGGAGCUGUGUUUGCAGUCAACAUACCCCUGUCACUGAGUCUCAUCAGUUCAAACGUGGCUGGUUUCACGAAGAAGAGUACCGUCAGUGCCAUGAUGUUUAUCGCAUACUGCGUCGGAAAUAUUGUAGGACCUCAGUUCUUCCUUCCUGAUGAGAAGCCGUCAUACCCCACCGGUAUCAAAGCGGCCAUGUCUGGUUUGAUUUUGGGCAUCUUCUUUUUGAUUUGCCUUUAUGUCUUUUAUGUUUGGGAAAACCGCCGUCGCGAUCGCCUUUACGGAUCCCCAAGACAGUUGACUGAGGCGGAGGAACUGCAGGACGAAUUCUCCAACAAGACAGACCACGAGAUUGAGAGCUUCCGAUAUGUUCUCUAG